GCAUCGAGAGGCCUCCUACACAAGGCUGCAAUCAGUGGACAAUACGAGACGGUCAAAAUGCUUCUUGAAAGUGGUGAAGAUGUGGAUCAAAAAGAUCAGGUUUUUGUCUUCCCCUGUCUUUGUAAAUCUAAUGCUUGUGGAUUCUUAUGCACUUGUUUCUUGCUUUUGUAGAUUACGAGCAGGAGCUUGUGUUUGGGUUUGCGCCAUCUUUCCGGCUGGCGGCGAUUAGAAGCUAUAGCCUACACGAAAGCCUUUGAGUAUAAUUGUAUUCCUUGCGUUCAUGAACGAACACAGCAUUCUAAUUGGCCGGUAGUGACAAAUCGUUGACAACAGGACAGGAAAACCACAAAAUUCUGUUUUAGCGCAUAUUCUUUAAAACAGACUCUUAACGUCUUUACUUUUUAUAAUCCAGUACUUGCUGAUAGUCUCAGCACGUACUCGGGUUAGCUUUCAUUUUCUGUGUCUUUUUAAAAAUAGGCACGAAAAAGUCCUCUGUAAGACUUCAGGCAAUUUUCUUCCAAAGUUCUCCAUCAAACAAGAGUAAACCGUUUACCCCUAAGAUGCAGUAUUUAAGGCCAUGUUCUUUACCCGAGUGUUUUGCUUUCGAUGUCUGAUAGUGUUUCCUCUUAAAUUCAUGGGAAAGAGCAAAAUAUUAAAGUUCUUAAUGUUGUAACUGGUUUGAACCCAUGAAUCCUGUCAUUAGUAGGUCGAGUAAGUGUAGCUCUGAAUGGAACUGCUGACCACACUGACAUUUUCACAACCUGUGCAGAAGUCUACAUAAGAGUCAAGGAAAAUUCUGAUAAUCGCUUCGACACAGGUUGUAGCAAACGUCAACUUCUGUCACCAACAGACCUAUUCGGUACUUCACUCACCCAGACGAUCAUAUUCAAACUACUUUAAUAAUGUUAUAUGUUGUAGUUAAUUUUUUAUCUCACUUAAUUUUUGUUUUUCUUUUGUUUAUGGUAAUGUACGCUAAUGAAGUUGAAACAUAAGAAAAAUAAAAAUUACCUGAGCUAAAAAAUUAACUACAACAUAUACGAGUCUGUAACGAUGAAAAGUUAAGGGGACUUUGGACUUGGGGGGGAAGUGAUCCGCCGUGAAAAGGAAAAGGUAAAAGUCCUUAUUUUACGUCGGUAGCUCAAAAUAGACAUUUGACCAACUAACCUGAGGCCGACGGCGGGCUCAUUUACUCCGCUCCCCUCCCCUCCCCCCAGCAGCAAUGUUCUGAACGCAAACAGAUAGCCUUGUUCCACCAAUUCCUAAUGGAAAGUGGCCUGUAAACGUUGCAUUUGGGCUCAGUUUUAAUGUUGCACUUGGCCCCCUCCUUGUAAAAUGAAGGAAAUAAAUUAGUCCAGUAACAGCCUCUAGAUUUAUUUUAUGAAAGACCAUCAUUAUUGCUGGACAAACUGCCCGUUCUCACCCUUUUCUACUUGCUUUUUUUUUCUUCCUAUUUCUGUAGUUUUCUUUGACUCCUCUUCAUCUUGCCUGUUGGUAUGGACAGGAAUCUAUUGUCAUACUGUUGUUAGAACAUGGUGCAAACGUCAAAGCUAAAGACAGGGUGAGAUAGUGAACGUUUUUUUUUUUUUUUUACAGUAAACAAUAUAGUGCCGAGAGAAGAGUGAGACAAGGGAAGUUGUUGUUGCAUUUGAAUCUCUUACGGUGGCAAGAUAAAUUAAAUUUAACGACUGCGUUGAUAUAACUGCUAUUUUUAUCUUUGUGUCCUUACCGUGUUACAUUUACUUUCAAUAGUACGUUCCUAAUUUGUUAGUUUUUUGUUGUGCUUCUACACUAGUUGUUUUUAUUUGUUAUUCAUGAGAAAAUUGGGCUAUAAUAAAUCAUUUAGUUAAAAAAUUGAAAGGCACAAAGUCUAGUUUCGCAAACUUUUAACUGUAACUGUAAGACUUCCUCUGCUGAAUUGAAGGUUUCGUUGCGCAGGCAAAGGAAAUUGCUCUUAUUCACUCUCGGGACCGGCCUAAACAAGACUCAGUGUAAUCGUGAAGACGGGGCUUGCAUGAAUUGCAUUACACCUGUAACUGUUACUCCGGCCGUUACCAUGUGAGGGAAAUCUGAGGGAAACUAGACUUUUCUAUACUGUUUCUGACUACCAAUUACCUUUCCUAUAAUGUAAAACCACACCGUGGACUAGUCGUCCCCGAACAGUGUGAGAGUGCUUUAACGUCCCGCAGAAUUUACCAUAUGUGCAAGAAUAGUGAGACGGAGCUUACGGUUUAUCGUCCUUAUCCGAGGCGACUAGAAAGUAUUAAGGAGACGAAUGGCACAGCAUAUUUCAAAUAUUUCCUCCUACAAUUUCUGUAAACGAAGGUCCCUUAAGUGUCCGUUAAAUGCAGGUUUCGUUCUGUUUAGGAUAAUGAACAGUUCCUUAUUGCAAUACCUUAUGUAGACAUACCCCUAGUUAAGAUAUUUCUUCUUCGUAAAUAACAAGUGGUAAGUAACACGAAUUACAUACUCUGCUUGUAAUGUUUUUAGUUUCAACGUACACCUCUGCAGAAAGCUGAACGUCAAGAACACCAUUCCAUAGUACAGUUGCUGUUGAAAAAUGAUCCUACGCCAAGUCUUCUUCAACCAGUAAGAUAUCAUACUACAUGUCCCCUAAUCCUUCUUGCCAACCUUGUCUUUCAGAUGGAAUUCGCUUACAUUUGUUAUAUUCUCUGUUGAUAAUGUUGAACGUAUAUUAGUAUAGUAUUACGUAUACAAUGUCGUAUGAGUUUUUAUCCUAGCUUAUAUCGCGAAGACCUUAUAUUGGUUCUUCUCUACACGAACGUGAUUUCCAAUCGCUCGGUUAUCACCAUCCGAAGAUCACAGUACAAUGAAUCCUGUAUUAAACGGAAACCUAAUUAAGCGGAUGAGUGGCUCAAUAUUUCCCUCAAACGUUUAGUCCCACAUUUACUGUGAGUUUACUGUAAAACGAACCCAUUAGUAGCGGACACCAUCAAAGGUCGCGUGUGUGUCCAAGACAGUUUUCAUCGCACAUGAUAUUUCUUGGUUAUUAAUGUCGGCUCUCUGAAUGGUUUUGGACACACUAGGGAUGGGGGUUUAAUAUGCUGCAAUCACAUGAAAGGACGAAAACUACAUCAUUGUUUGUAAAGUCCAUCUCAACUUAACAAGCAAAUCCUUACCCCCACCGUUACAGAAAGGGCAAGACAGUUACAUCCCCCUACCUUCAGAUGCUUUUUUUUUUUUUUUUUGCUGUGUUGCGGAAUUUGCUAAAACUUAAACUGAAAUGUAUUAUAUAGCCUGCGAUUAGCUUUUAAAUGUAAUCUAGAUAUCAUGGGGGUGACUGGCGCUGUGGGAGCCCAGUAGUUUCAUUCAAAUAACUACUCAUUAAUAACCACCAUCUAAAUUGUGUUCUCCAAAAUUACCUGAAACGUUUGUUCGCAACCACCCUUUUUUUUCGAAUUCGCUGAUAGUGCCUACUCUUGGUACCUGCAGGAAACAAAAAAACUCGACAUUGUUUAGAAGGGUGGAGGAGGAAUCCAGACAGUCUUGUUUUCAAAACCUUUCCCCCAUCUGACAGCUAAAAAUUCUAACAUCAACUUUGUCGCCAUUUGGAGCCAUUUUCAUACUUUUAGUCUUAAAGCGGUAUCAUUAAUGUCAAACUCAGAGAAGCUAGAGAAUUAGAAAUAUUUUGGAAAUGUUCAUUGUCUUAUGAUCAAUCCAAUUAUGGAUUAGUUAGCGGGCAGCAAACCACAAAAUAAUUACCCUUGCUGCAUGCAGCUCACUUCUCCCUCACUUUGUUGGCUUCUUUCCCCUUGACACAAUAACAUUCCAGAAAUAAUUUUGGUGUUGAUAAAUUUCCAGGAGCAACAAUAAUUAACUCUUUGACGGGCAAGCUUCUAUAUAAAUAUUAGCAUGUUCGCGGUUUCUGAAUUUGAUAGUAACAAUUCUAAACAAAAUGUAUGUUGUAACCAUAGCAACCAACCACAUUUUUUGUAGAUGUGUCCAUUUGCAUUAAGAGUAUAGUAAAGCCCGGUCAAUCUAUGAUCUGCAAUAAGAAUAGUAGGAAAGUAGUGCUAAAUGAAUUCCCUCUUUCUAAUUUUCGCUCAAAAACAUGGUCAUUUUCAUCGUAGGUAAGUCUAAAGGAACUCUCAAGAAAAGCUUUCUUGCAAGUGGAUAAACAAUCUGGAUUUAAUCUACUUCAGGCGGCUGUCUUAGAGGGAGAAUACAACAUUGUUUUAGAAGCUAGUGGCCUUCUUGUGAACUUCUUAGAAGAGAUGGAGUAUACAAAAACGGGAAAUAACGCCAAAGGAUUUUCCGGGAAAACUGCAGUUGACAUCUUAUCACUUGUGAAGGGAACAAAAUCAAAUCAUUAUAGUAUCGAACGACUUCAUAAAAAGUUGGCUGAGAACAACAGCAGACUGACUGAGCUGCAGUGGGGUACAUGCAAUGAUGAUGCGGAACAGGCUGUUGAACUUGUAUUAAAUGACGGUGUAGAUAUUAAUGCCUCUGGAUCAGACAAUGAUUGCACAACUUUGCAGCAGACGAGUCGUUCAUCCUCAAGUCAGUUUAUUGAGACCCUUAUUGAUCUUGGGGCCGACGUUGAUGCCCAAAGAAAAGAUGAUAAAGUUACACCUUUAAUAUUAGCAACUGAAUGGAGCAAUUACAUGGCAGCGUGCUUGCUUUUAAGGCAUGGAGCUAAUGUAGAUGUCCAGGGUGGCAAUGGGUUCACAGCACUGCACGUUUCAGUCAAUAAAGGUCACGAAAACCUCAUCAGGUUGUUACUUAAACACAAAGCGGAUGUAAAUAUUCAAGAUUAUAGUGGACAUACACCCCUGCACCGGUGUGUGACAGAAGGUAACGAAAACAUCGGUAGAUUAUUACUUGAACACAACGCGGAUCUAAAUAAACAAAAUCAAGAUGGAUGCACACCGUUGCACCUGUCAGUGAACAGUGGUUUCGAAAGCCUCGUGAGAUUGUUUCUUGAACUCAGCGCAGAUGUUGAUGUUCAAGAUAAAGAAGGCUACACAGCACUGCACCGUUCAGUCACAAAGAAUAACGAAAACUUCGUCCGAUUAUUUCUUAAACGCAACGCAAAUGCAAAUAUUAAAACUGCUAAUGGGUAUACACCCCUUCACCAGUCAGUCUUUAAAGGAAACGAAACCCUCGUUAGACUGUUACUUGAACACAAAGCGGAUGUAAAUAUUCAAGAUAAUAAUGGACAGACUCCCUUGCACUGGUGUGAUACAAAGGAUAACGAAAACCUUGCCAGAUUGUUACUUGAACACCACGCGGAUGUAAAUAUUCAAGAUAAUAGUGGAUUUUCACCCCUGUGCUGGUAUGCUUUUAAGGGUAACGAAAAGCUCUGUAGAAUGUUGCUUGAACACAACGCGAAUGUAAAUAUUCAAGAUUAUCAGAUAUAUACACCCUUGCACUUGUGUGUCAUAAAGGCUAACGAAAACCUCUGUAGAUUGUUACUUGAAUUCAACGCGGAUGUUAAUAUUCAAGAUAGAGAUGGAUAUACACCGUUGCACCAGUGUGUCAUAAAGGGUAACGAAAACCUCUGUAAAUUAUUAGUUGAACACAACUCGGAUGUAAAUAUUCAAGAUAGACGUGGAUGUACACCCUUGCACAAGUGUGUCAAAAACCGUAACGAAAACCUCUGUAAAUUAUUAGUUGAACACAACUCGGAUGUAAAUAUUCAAGAUAGACGUGGAUGUACACCCCUGCACUUAUGUGCCAAAUGGUGUGGAGAAAACCUCUGUAAAUUGUUACUUGAACACAACGCGGAUGUAAAUAUUCAAGAUGAAAGUGGAUGUACAUCCUUGCACUAUGGUGUCGAAAACGGUAACGAAAACCUCUGUAAAUUAUUACUUGAAAACAACGCGGAAGUAAAUAUUCAAGAUAGACGUGGAUGUACACCCUUGCACUUAUGUGCCAAAUGGCGUGGAGAAAACCUCUGUAAAUUGUUACUUGAACACAACGCGGAUGUAAAUAUUCAAGAUGAAAGUGGAUGUACACCCUUGCACUAUGGUGUCAGAGAAGGUAACGAAAACCUCUGUAAAUUAUUACUUGAAAACAACGCAAAAGUAAAUAUUCAAGAUGAAAGUGGAUAUACACCCUUGCACAGGUGUGUCAUGACGGAUAGCGAAAGCCUCUGUAGAUUAUUACUUGAACACAACGCGGAUGUAAAUAUUCAAGAUAAAGGUGGACAAACACCGCUGCAUUAGUCAGUUACUAAAUCAGACCGUUACUGGUACAGAGCAAGAGAUUGCAGUCAGAUAAUCGAUCUGCUGAUCAAGUAUGGUGUGCAAGAUAUAGACGUCCGUGAUGCAAACGGCAGGACGCCUCUUCAAUUGGCAGUGAGAUCUCGUAACGACCAAGCUGUUCAAAAGCUUCUUGAUUUAGGCGCUGAUGUUAGUGUGGUAAAAGCUGAUAAAAGAGGUGCCAUUAGAUGGGAACGCUUAAAGAAU